AUGAGUAUGAAUGAAAUAGCUCCAAGACCUGUUGUGUUUUUGGCACAUAGCUGCCUUGGAGAUGGUUCCCACUGGAUUUCUAACCAGCCCCACAACAGUUUUGGUUUCAUAUUAGCAGAUAACGGUUACGAUGUUUGGCUUGGGAAUAGCAGAGGAAACACCUGGUCUUCGAAUCAUAAGACACUGAAACCAUGGCAGAAGGAAUUCUGGAGCUUUAGAAUGCACAAUUACUGUGUAAUUGUACACUGUUUCAUCUCAUUCUCUUCUUGGCCAGAACUGGCUGAAAAAAUCAAGGUCUUUUUUGGAAUGGGGCCUGCAGCUGCAGUAAAAUAUGCUACAUGUCCUGUACUGAACAUCUUUUUCAAUCGUCUGGUAAUAAAGACACUGUUUGGCUACAGAGGAAUUAUGCAAGAUCCUAGUGCUCUGAGAAAGCUAAAAGUUGCGAUUUGCAACCGUAAACCAGAAUUCUGCGAAUCGUUUAUGUCUGUAAUAGUUGGUUCUAAUACGCCCAAUUACAACAUGAUGACUCCUCCUGUAUACAAGUUAGAAGAUAUAAAAAUACCCGUUGCACUCUGGUCUGGUGGAAAUGACUUACUUGUGAACAUAAAAGAUGUCCAGGAAUUAAUAGCACGGCUUAGUAAUGUCAUAUAUCACCAACAUGUUCCUGAAUGGCAACAUCUGGAUUUCAUUUGGGGACUGGAUGCAACUGAGGUUAUGUACAUGCCUAUCAUUGAGAUAAUGAAAAAAUAUGCGUGA